UGCGGUUGCAGAGUCCCAUGAUCGGCAGUGCGCGAAUGAGUCGCACAUUCGUAGUACUGUGAGAGAGCUCAUCUGAUUUUGUGCAGUCGUGCUGAAGCGCGGCAGGCUUCCGGCGUGGUGGACUUGCUCACGUUGCCUGCGCGCCAUUGCAUUUGGAUGGUAAGCCUGCAUGUCGUGAGCGCCUUCACGCCGCUUGCCUGGAGCUGGGAAGACUUCGCGGUCGGGUCUGCUGAGGCGGUCCGGGCGCUGCACGCCCUGCUUGGCGAGCGGGACCACGACGCGCUACGCGGGCUGCUGGCCGAGCCGCUGCGGCGGUCCCUGCUGGAGGCCGGCGACCACAGCCAGGAGGGGUGGGCGCGGCCGCCGAGCGUGAAGAGCGUGCGGCCCCUGGGCGUGCACACGGCCACGGCCCACGAGGUGCCCGCCGAGGAGGGAGGCGGCGCAGUGGUCCGCGUGGUGCCCUUGAUGCGCGUGGUGGAGGAGUACGCCUACCUCGGUUAGCGCGCUGGGGUGCAGGGCCCUGCUGCUGCUGCUGCUGCUGCUGCUGCUGCUGCUGCUGCU